AUGAAUAUUCUCUCGUUAAACAUUAGGGGAAUCGUGGGGGGAGCUAAAGCCAGUUGGGUCAGAGAGGUUAGAGUGACUAAUAACAUUGGGGCUAUUGCUUUGCAAGAAUCUAAGAUGGAGUCUUUAUCGAAAUCGGGAUUAAUUGGAUAUUGGGGAAAUAAUAAUUUUGAUUUUGCUUAUGAGGCCUCUAUUGGUCUGUCUUGGGGUCUUAUCUGGAUGUGGGAUCCAAGAAUCAUCAAGAUUGUUACAGUUGUUCAGAAUAGGAAUUAUUUGCUGAUCAGAGGUUCGAUGGUUGGCAGCGGGGUUCCGAUAAACUUAUUCAACAUUUAUGCUCCUCAAAGUGUUUCGGCAAAAAGACAGUUAUGGGAUAAUCUAUCCUCUUUGUUAUCCUCAUCUGACGGACAGUGGCUGUUGGCAGGUAACUUCAAUGCUGUCCGGUCUCAGGAAGAAAGGAAGCAUUCCAAUUUUAAAGUGGGCCGUAAGUUCACGUGUAUCAGAGACAACGUUAGGAAACUUAAUAAGUUGGACUGUUUCCUUGUGUGUUCGGAAUUCUUCAAUAUGCGGCCUUCUGCUUGUGUGAGAGCGCUUUCGGCUAGGCACUCUGAUCACUAUCCCAUCAUCUUAGAGGUUGUGGAUCUUAGAUUUGGUCCAAGGCCAUUUCGGGUGUUCAGUUCAUGGAUUGGGCAGGUAGGUUUUGAAGAAGCGGUUAGAGAGGCUUCGGAAAGUUUUGUCCCGACUGCUCCCCCUGACGUUACUCUCACUUCGAAGUUUUCCAUCAUUAGAUCUCGGUUAAAGAUAUGGAGGGACGAGUUUCUGGCAAAAGAAAAAGAAAGCAAAAACUUGGCGCUUGCGGAAUUGUAG